CCAACUUUUUCUUUCGAAGCCCAUAUUCAAUUGAAAUGGGGGCCCAAAAUUUACCCCUGAUUCACCGUUUCUUGGUCAUGGUCAUGGAACCCAGAAGGCUGCAGCCGCACCACUCUGCCUGGGUCUGUUGACGGUGUAAGCCAUGCUCCGUCUUGGUCGACGAUCACUCGCCGCUGUCCGAUAUUUCUCGGCCACAGCGGUUGCGGAGGCUUCGAAAGUUCCAGUUCCAUCCCCUGCUUCUGGUGCCAUCACCAUCGCCCCUAGGAAAAACACCGGUGCCGGGAAGGACACCUUAGGUCGAAGGCUUCUUAGCCUGGUUUACACGAAACGCAGCGCCGUUAUCACCAUAAAGAAAUGGAAGGAGGAAGGGCACGUAGUUCGUAAGUACGAGCUUAAUCGCAUAGUACGAGAGCUCCGGAAGCUAAAGCGUUACAAACACGCCCUCGAGGUUUGUGAAUGGAUGACUUUACAACAAGAUAUCAAGUUAGUAGAAGGAGAUUACGCUGUUCACUUGGACUUAAUUGCAAAAAUUCGUGGUGUAAACAGCGCAGAGAAGUUUUUUGAAGAUCUUCCAGAUCAAAUGAAAGGGCAGCCAACCUGUACAUCUCUUCUCCAUACUUACGUCCAGCAUAAAGAUUCUUCCAAAGCCGAAGCUUUAAUGGCAAAAAUGUCAGAAUGUGGUUUCUUGAAAUACCCUCUUCCUUUUAACCAUAUGAUGUCACUCUACAUCUCCAAUGGCCAAUUACAAAAGCUUCCUGGAAUUCUUCAGGAGCUGAAAAAGAAUACCUCACCAGAUAUAGUAACUUACAAUCUAUGGUUAACAGCAUGUAACUCCCAGAAUGACAUCAUUACUGCUGAAAAGAUUAUUCUUGAGCUCAAGAAGAGAAAGGUGGAUCCAGAUUGGGUAACAUUUAGUCUUUUAACCAGUUUGUAUCUUAAAAACUCACGACAUGAAGAUGCUUCCUUGAGUGUUAAGGAAAUGGAGAAAAGGGUUUCUAAAAAAGUCCGUGUUGCUUAUUCUUCAAUUAUCAGUCUUUAUACAAGUCUUGGGAAAAAAGAAGAUGUUGAUCGCAUAUGGAAGAAGAUGAAAUCAACCUUUCGGAAGCUAAAUGAUGCGGAAUAUAAUUGCAUGAUAUCUUCUAUGAUAAAACUUAACGAGCUUAAAGAAGCAGAGAAUAUAUAUACAGAAUGGGAGUCUGUAUCUAUAACUGGCGAUUCUAGGGUUCCAAAUUUGAUCCUUGCAGCUUACAUCAACAAAAACGAAAUGAAAAUGGCUGAAAACUUUUUUGAAAAAAGGAUGGUUGAAAAAGGAAUUGUACCUAGUUACACAUCAUGGGAGCUUCUUACAUAUGGUUAUGUACAUGAAAAGGAAAUGGAUAAAGUUUUGGAAUGUUUCAAGAAAGCUAUAGGGUCAGUGAAAAAGUGGGACCCGGAUGAAAAGAUUGUUAGAAAAGUGUAUGGAAUGCUUGAAGAAUAUGGUAAUGUUGAGGGUGCUGAACAAGUGUUGGCGACUCUUCGUGAUGCUGGCUAUGUGAGCACAGAGAUAUAUAAUUUGGUUCUUAAGACGUAUGUGAAAGCUGGAAAAAUGCCAUUAAUUGUAGGUGAGAGGAUGAAGAAAGAUAAAGUGGAAUUGAAUGAUGAAACAUAUCAACUUAUAAAGGUGACAAGUAAAAUGUGCAGCAUCAACCCAUGUUUUAGCGACGUUAAAUCACUAUCCGCUAAUUGCUUUUCUCUACAACGUGGAUUACGCGUAUCAGGCAGACAUGCACGUAGCCUCCAGUUAUGGCAUGUACCAUAUGAUAGAAAAAGAUUUUCCCUCAAGACCACGAAUUCAGAAGUUUACAAACUACAUUUUGUAAAUUUAGCAAAACCUUUUCAUUCAAGUGAAUGCCACAAUUCACCAAUGUCCAUAUACAAUCAGCCCAAAAGAAGCCAUAUGAGAAUCCAUUCAGCAUCUGCGGAGUCUCUAAGCCACGAACUUAUCGAGCAAGCUUCUGAACACGAGUUUGAAGUUAGUUCAUAUAAUCCUGAGAAAUCACAACCAAAACCCAAAUAUGAAAACAGAUUCCUUAUUUUUGCACGCGUAGGUUCAGUCAUCAAUAAUGCUGCUGAAUCAUUUUUCAAGAGUGAGAUAAGAAGGAGAUUAUUUGUUACUGCUGCAUUACUUGUGAUUAGUCGUGUAGGAUAUUUUAUUCCUCUUCCUGGUUUUGAUAGAAGAUUAGUACCAGAGAAUUACCUUAGUUUUGUCUCGGGUUCAGUUGAGGAGCUUGGUGAGCUGGCACCAGAACUUAAGCUUUCCCUAUUCCAACUUGGAAUCAGUCCCCAAAUUGCAGCAUCUAUUGUUAUGCAGGUACUUUGCUAUGUUCUUCCUUCAUUGGUCAAGCUAAGGAAAGAAGGGUUGGAUGCUAAUGAGAAAAUAAAGGGUUAUAUAUGGUGGAUGUCGCUUGGGUUUGCAAUAGUAGAGGCACUGAUCAUUUCUUAUUUUUCACUUUCGUAUUCGAUUUAUGCAGCAAAUGCAAGUCAAAGAUUGAAGCACAUCAUGCUGACAACAAUUUUGUUGGUUUCUGGUGCAAUGACUACAACAUGGAUCUGUGACAAAAUAUCAGACUCUGGUUUUGGUCAUGGAUCAUCUUUGCUGAUAUGUGUGAAUAUCUUGAAUGGCUACAUAGAGACAUUACAUAAAAUGUUGUCUCAGCUGUCAGGUGGCAGUGGAUGGUGGCAAUAUAUAUUUGGAGUGUCGGGUGUGUUUGUUGUUGUGACUAUGUGGGCGGUUGUUGUAACUCAGGGUUGCAGAAAAAUCAAGCUGCAAUACUAUGGCUUCAAACUUGCAUCUUCCACAAGAGAAGAUUCCCCAGUUACAGAGGUGGAGCAAUAUAUUCCAUUCAAUAUCAAUCCAUCUGGAAUGCAACCUGUCCUCACUACCAGCUACCUAUUAGGCUUUCCUGCAAUUGUUGCCAGCUUUUUUAGUUCAAGAUUUUGGAGAAAUGUGAGAGAGAUUCUAAAUCCUGAAUCAUCUCUUGGAGCAGCACCAUGGGUGUACUAUACAAUCUAUGCAUUCUUUGUUUUCCUUUUCAACAUAUUUGAUAUUGCGAACAUGCCAAAGGAAAUUGCAGAGUACUUGAAUAAAAUGGGGGCAAGGAUACCAAAUAUAAAGCCUGGAAAGGCGACUGUUGAAUAUUUGACCAAGAUUCAAGCUUCAACCCGUUUCUGGGGUGGUUUGCUGUUGAGUAUAUUGGCGACAUCAUCAACAAUUCUUGAUCAUUAUCUGCGAAAAACAAAUGAAGGAUUUUCGAUAGGGUUUACAUCUGUUCUAAUCAUCGUGGGUUCAAUCAUCGAACUAAAAAGAUCUUAUGAAGCCUACAAUGUCAUGCCAAGUUUAACCAAAGCUUUAAAGCGAUACGGUGUAUGAUACACACAUACAUUGAUACAUACUCUACCAAUCGAAACACACAAAAAGGGAAGCAGCAUGCAUAUUGUCUUAUUGUCUUAUUGUCUUAUUGUCUUAUUGCAUGAUGGAUGAUGAUGUGUUGCAACAAAGGGCUCCACUCUGAGCAGACAAUAAAAAAAACAAAGUUUCACGUCUGUCUGGGAUAUGAACCAUUUGUGGAGGCAAACACACUCUCUGGUUAUAUUAUAUGCUGGUAUAUGUAUUGUUGUCCCAGUAUCUCAUCGGGUCAUCAACAUUAUUACUAUUCUUCCUUUUUUGUGUUUUGGGGAUUUUCUUGUGUAUAAAUGAAUUUCUUGUCAUAGGUAUGUAUGACCAUUUUGGAUCUACAUCAAUGUUUGUCUUUAUUUAGGAGAUUCUUAUAAUAAAAAACAAAAUGUGCAGACAUGUAAUCAAGUUAAAUAGGUCAUUCGAAAAAACUAAACGCCGUGUUAACA